UUACUCUUUAAAAUGUAUGUAAACAUCCCCUACCAUUGAUUGAAAAGUGCGGGAAGGUGAAUGUGAAGGAGCCUUCCUUACAGCUUUCCUUUCUCUUCUGCCCUUACGCCUGAGGACCUUCAUCUGAAUAUAGUGUAAUUUUUGCACUUCAGAAAUUUGAACUCAGUCACCUCUAAGAACAAUAGGUAGAUUAUGUAAACUAAAAACAAUGAAAUUGGCUGGAGUCACAAGGCUCUAGGUGUUUAGAAAGAGUUCUAAAUGAAGUUCUUAUGAUAGUUAUUAGUACAUACUUCACAGAACAAUAUAAUACACCAUAAAAUUCAGUGACCAUCACCUGUAAAGUCUCCUCAGGAAUGGCCCUGUUACGAGGCAAGACGGCCCCCACUUCCGCUGUGAGCAGCUGUGUGGGGCUGGCCGCCUUGUCGCGCUCACGGGCAGCAGGGGGCUCCUCUGCCGCGUCUCCGGGGCUCUGAACACCUUCCAGUUACGUGCCCCGAUCAACCUGCUGGCUUCCGUCCGGAAUGGUGUCGUGCCCUGUGUCUGCCGCUCAUGUGGCAGUGCCCCCAAGCCUGUGCUGGCCACGGUGUCUGAGCACGGUCAGCAGCACCGUCCACGUUCUCCGUUUCCAGAAGUUUAGAUAAGAGGCUUUUUUAAGACCGACUCCGUGACUGUUCCACACACCAGGUGUCUUUCCACUUGGUGACAUUUUGUCUGGGAAGCUGGGAUGUUGUGACUUGAGAGCACGUUUGCCAACAUGAUAUUUACGCAGUAAGAUGGCUUUUAUUUUGCUGCACGCUUUUCCAUUUCUGUCUAAAACCUGAAGCCUGCAGAUUUAGGGAAAAUGGUCACCAGGCCACCUGCGCGGCCAAGCCCGCCGUGUCCGUGGAGCCAUCAGCCGGGCGGGUUGCUCUGCGGUGUCUCUUCCUUUUUCAGUUCGAGUAAGUGAACUUGUCUCUGUUUGGAGGAGUGUCGUGGAAACACAGAAUUACAGGACUCGAAAACGCCCUUCCGCCGUGCACACGAGCACAAGUCCGCGCUAGCACACUCGGCGCGUUUUAAAGCGUGUUGUCGGCCCAGGGGCUCAGAGCUCACACCGAUGCUGUGCGUGGGGACUUGCCGUGUGCUGAUGCGCUGUCGUGAGCGGCAGACGGAGCCGCGGUGACGAGGCAGGCGCUCCCACCCUGGAGCCCGGUGUUUGCCUUCAGAGUGGCGCCCCCACGCAUCGCAGUUGGGAAGUGACUCCGUUCGUGUCACCAGCCGUCACGGUUGGGCUUUCGUGGUUUGGUGGAGAGAAGGGCACGUGCUGCCAGGAACGAGGAGGCGCGGCGGCCGGUGUGUGUCCCGGCUCUGCCGAUAGAAGGUAGAAAAUACCGAACAGGUCGCAAGACGGGUAAGAUGAGGCUUGACUGUGAUUAGAAUGAAAAGUACAUAAUGUGACUCGAUUGGGAAAGGCUUCCCCGUCCCACUGGAAGAUGCUGAUGGAAUCCAAAGCCACGUGGAAUUCUAUUUCUAGAGCCUUUAACUUUUUACUGAAACCAAAUAGAGUAAAAGCAUAGAAAGUGCUGAGCAUGGUCAGUCAGAUGUGCACACGGCACCUGCCAGUUUGGUGUGGGGUCAAGACGGGCGUCUGCUCUGGAGAUGGAAUUCCGGCAUGAGGCGCUGGACCGCCACGCCAGGGAGAGGGACGCGGUGCUGGCGGCUGUGAAGGACGCCCACGCGGAGCAGCUGCGGGCGCUGGAGGCCAGGGCGCUGGAGCUGCAGGCCCACGUCGAGAGCCUGGAGCUGCAGCUCCGCAGGGCAGAGUGGAGGCAGGCCGAGGCCUUGAAGAGCAAGGACGCCGCCGUGGACAAACUCCGUGAAGACGCGUCGGCUCUGCAGUCUGGCUGGGAUGCCCAGACCGCUCGGCUGUCCAAGGACCUGGUCUCCAAGGACCUUCAGAUUCAGGCGCUGCAGGAAGAGGCUGUGGAGCUCAAGGCACAGCUGGCCAGGUGCCAGCAGGACGUCGGAAGGUACAAGCAGCAGCUGCUGGUGGCGGUGGAGCGGGAGCAGUGCCUGCAGCGCGACAAGGUGCAGCUGGAGCUCGACUGGCGCCACCGCUGUGACUGCGUCGAGAGGGACCACCACCGCGCGUCCGAGGACCUGCUGCAGGCUCUGACCGCCGCACGGGACCAGGUUGCUGCCAAGCUACAGGAGACAGAGCGGACGCUGUGUGACCAGGAGGUGGUGCUGAAGGCCUUGACCCUCGAGAGAGACCAGGCCGUGCAGGCGUUGAGGACACGCGGGUUCCUUCCGGAGAAGGAGGUGCAGGUGCUCCUAAGGCAUCGUGAAGAAGAGAUAAGUGAAAGUUUUCCGUCUAGUGAGAUCCAGAGGCUCCAGGAGCAAAACACAAGCUUACGAAGGGCUGUGGCGGAGAUGAGGAAGGAGAUGGAGACCCUGAGUGACCAAGUUCUUCCUCCUGCGCAGUCAGAGAGUCAGGCGUCCGACACCGCACAACCUCUUCCGAAGGCAGCGGCUGAGGCUGCAGCUCCUGAGUACGUCACAGCCCUUGAAACAGAAAUAAGAAAUCUGAAGCAUCAGUUUAAAGCCCUGGCAGGACAGGUAGAAGAUGCGCUAGAUCCUUCGAAGACGUCCUCAUCGCACUCGGACGUCCAAGCCGGUGUCUCAGCCAAAGCCCCUGGCGGAGCUGCACCGGCCGAUGGCGCUCCCGUGGGCCUGGCGCUCUGGAGGCUCAGACACAGGACGCAUCUCCUGAGCUUCCUGGUGGCCCGGCUCAGGCAGAAGGUGCUGCAGAAACCCCUGGAUGUGGACACCGUGAGGCACGAGCUGCCCCACGAGGUGGAGCAAGUGCACCUUGAGGUGUCUGAGCUGCAGAAGCAGGUGGCCGAGCUCGAGGGCCAUGUCGGGAGGCGGUGGCAGUCGGAAGCCUUGGACAAGGUGACCCUUGGGAGGCAGGUCCCUGAAGACCAAGGACCCGCGGGGACCCAAGAGCAGGGGCCACAGCCCCCGCGGGCGUCGUCUGUGCCCCGACUCCAGAGGAAACUGAAGGAGGCGGCCCGAGAAAUCUUCCGCCUCCGCCUGGAGAAGGAGCAGCUCCUGGAGACCGGAAGCCGGCUCCGAGCGGAGCUGGGGCGCACCGCAGGGAAGCCGCCUCACCAGCCCCUGACCCCCACUGAGGCCUGGAACGCGACCGAAGCACCUCGGGGGCAGGAGACGGCCCCGUCUGCAGUCCAGGGCUCGGAGAGCACCGAGACGGGACGGCCCUCUGGAUGUUCGGGGAAGGCACCGCCCCGCCUGGCCCAGACCGUCUGCAGAGGCCCUCGUCUGCCAGGCUGCGCAGCGCGAGCCGCGGCUGGGUCAGGACAGGGGCGGCACAGGACCUCCGGCGUGACUUGCAGGUCGGCUUGGCAGAAAGAAAACCGGUCCCCAAAGCCACGCUCCGCUCAAGAAUCCCGCGAGGGAAAGAGCCACCACGCCCGAAGCUCCUCGUCACCAUCCAGCGGUCCCCUCCAGGACACGUGGAAGUUACUGGAGCUGGGAUCCAGCCCCUCUGGCCUCGCGUCCCAGGACGACUCUGCGCCAGAACUCGCAGCACCUCCAGCAGCCAACGGCCUCAGUCACCCUGACAGGAGCCCCGUGGGCACACAGGCUGCCUUUGCCAUCGAGGGGAUGAAGACGGAAGCCCAGGCCCAGGCCCAGCCCACCAGAACCUCCAGGGCGCACCCUGCAAAAACUAAAGGCUGCCCGAGGCGCCCCAAGAUCCGUAACUACAACUGGAGGGACUGACUUCUCCCGUCAGAGCCUGGGGCCCAAGCUCUCCUCACCCACAGGAGGGUGUGUGUGCAAGCAGCCACGUGUGCACACGAGUGUGGGGUGCAGGCAGAGAGCAGGCUCCCCAGCGCCACCACGGUGCCCCGCACACCAGCCUGAAGCAUUAAAGCCCGUGCCUCCCGUG